AAGUAUAAUUUACAUUUGAAAAAAUUACUAUGACUGAAAAAUCUAUCAUUAGCAAUUCAGACUUAAUUGAAGAAGAUACUUUUGUUCACACGAUGGCUACACAAGAAGAACCCUUACUCAUUGUUAAAACUAUACAUCGAAUCGAAUUUCUAUUCCGAUGUGUUGGAAUUAAUAUCAAAUCUAGUGAAAAGACUCGGUCUGACUACAUUCGGAACCGAUCUGUCUAUAUCUUCAAUUUCAUCUGGCUGAACAUCGACCUGGCUGGUGCCGUUGUCUGGUUCCUUGCCGGUAUUGCCAACUCAAAAAGUUUUACUGAACUUACUUACGUCUCUCCUUGCAUCACGCUAAGCUUUUUGGGCAAUUUUAAAUCUCUCUACCUAAUCUUUCGAGAGAAUAAUGUGGACAAGCUAAUCGAAGUUCUCAAAAAUUUGGAAAUUAAAGAGAGAAGUCGAGAAAAUGAUGAAGAAAAGGACAAAAUAAUUAAAACAGAGCAUAAUUUUGUAUCAACAGUCAUUUCAGUUUUAAACGUAUUCUAUUUUGUGCUGGUCGUCGCGUUUGCUUUGAGUCCUGUCAGUUUGGUGGCUCUCAAAUAUUUCACGACGAAUGAGGUUGAAUUGCUUCUGCCUUUUUUGAUUCUUUAUCCGUUUGAUGCGUACGAUCUGAAGUAUUGGCCAUGGGUGUAUCUUCGGCAAAUAUGGUCAGAAGUUAUAGUUGUUGUCGGUAUUUGUGCUACCGACUACAUGUUUUACAUUUUUUGCACUUACAUACGAAUGCAGUUUCGGCUUUUGAGGCACAAUAUUGAGAAGAUGAUACCAUCAGAUGGUAAUAACCACGUACGUGAUAAUAAGGAAUUGAGAGAACACUUUGUUGGUAUGAUCAAGUGGCAUCAAGACUUAAUUAGUUCUACGAAUAUAUUGGAAUCGGUAUACACGCGGUCGACUCUACUGAAUUUUGUGUCAAGCUCAGUUUUGAUAUGUCUCACUGGAUUUAAUGUUCUGGCUAUCAGCGACGUAGCUAUCGUAGUCACCUUCCUGAGUUUCCUUUUCAUGAGUCUCUUACAAAUCUUUUUUCUUUGCUUCUUUGGAGAUUUACUGAUUGCUUCGAGCAUGGAGGUGGGUGACGCAGUGUAUAAUUGUCGCUGGUACUUAGCUGACACUUCGCUUGGCAAGGACUUACUUCUAGUGCAAACAAGAGCUCAAACGCCUUGCAAGUUGACGGCUUCAAACUUUUCUGAAGUUAAUCUUAAAGCAUUUAUGAAGAUUUUAAGCACCGCUUGGUCAUACUUCGCAUUACUGCAAACUUUAUAUAAGUAG